GUCUGUCUCGACCAUCCGACUCCGUUGCAACGGCUGCCUUGCGCUCCUCUCCAUCUCACUCCCUUGCCAGAAGCUCGUGGCUAAUCCCUCUUCUGCCUCUCAAUCGCGGUUCUCUAUACUCUCUGCCGUUCACGCACCCUUUCUCUCUGUCCUCGUCUUCCCCCGAGUGUCUUUGAUAGUUCCCUCCCUCCUUACUUCCAACAGGGGCCGUCAAGAUGGCGACAGGAAGCCACAUGCAUAACUUGACAACUCUUAUUAAGCGGUUGGAAGCCGCAACCUCCCGCCUGGAGGAUAUGGCCAUGUCCCUGGAUGACCCCAACUCACCCAAGACCAUAGCCCCCGCUGCUGUGCCCGAAAGUGCAGCCCCUGAGCCUCCCAAGCCGGCCCCCCCAGCAGCCCCCGCAGCAGCUCCCGUCCCGCCCCAGAUUCAAGACUUCAACACACUGAUCAAUGAGGAUGUCCGGAACUUCGUGGAGCUGGGUGCUAAGAUCGAUGGUUUGGUUGGAGAACAGUCGAAAAUGGUUCUUCAGGCCUUCGAAGCCGAGCGCACCUACCUGCUCGUGUCAACGAAAGCUAGGAAGCCUGAACAGCAGCCUCCGGAGCUCAUGACGGAGCUCCACAACGCUUCGGACAGUAUCAACAACAUCCGCGAGUCGAACAGAGCGUCGGCUCUCUUCAACCACCUCAGCGCGGUCGCGGAGGGGAUUGUUGCCCUUGGCUGGUUCUUCGCGGACAAGCCUGCCGAUUUCGUCACUGAGAUGGCUGGGGGUGCUGAAUACUACGGCAACAAGGUUCUGAAGGACUACAAGGAGAAGGACCGCACCCACGUCCAGUACAUCCAGGCAUACUACCAGAUCUACAAGUCCCUCGCUGCAUACCUCAAGAAGCACUACCCCAAGGGCUUGACAUGGAACAACACGAAUGGAAUCGACGCGCAAGAAGCCCUCAGACAGGUCAAGGGUGGCAGUUCUAACCCUCCCUCCAGCAGCACGGCACCUCCACCCCCGCCCCCUCCCCCCGUGCCGACUCUGAAUGUUCCUGGCGGAGUUCCUCCCCCUCCUCCCCCGCCGCCCGGAGUUGCUCCUGCAGCAGCCCCAGCAGCCCCGGAUAUGUCAGCUGUCUUCGACCAGCUCAACCAAGGUGAAUCCGUCACCUCGGGUCUCCGGAAGGUUGACAGAUCAGAGAUGACGCACAAGAACCCCAGCCUUCGUGCCAGCUCUGUGGUCCCCGAUAGCCCGACCUCACAAGGCAGUGCCAUCCGGGGCAAGUCUCCUGCCCCGAACAAGAAACCCAAGCCAGAGAGCAUGCGCGUGCGCAAGCCGCCCCGCAAGGAUCUGGAAGGAAACAAGUGGUUCAUCGAGAACUUCGACAACCCCGGUGAGAUUGUGGAGAUCAACGCUCAGCAGAACCACUCUAUCCUCAUCUCGCGAUGCAACAAGACGAUCAUCAAGGUGAACAACAAGGCCAAUGCAAUCUCCAUCGACAACUGCACUGGCCUUUCCAUCAUUGUCGAUUCCUUGGUCAGCAGCCUCGACGUCAUCAAGUCGCCCAAGUUCGCCCUCCAAGUAGACGGCGUAGUCCCUACCCUCCUGCUCGACCAGGUUGACGGCGCCACCGUCUACCUCGGCCAGCAAAGCCUGGCCACUGAGGUCUUCUCCAGCAAGUGCACCGCAGUUAACAUCAUGCUUCCUCCAAAGGAAGGCACAGACGAAGACACUAAGGAAUGUACCAUCCCCGAACAAAUCAAGACUUACGUGAAGAACGGCGUCCUCGUCAACGAGAUAGUCGAGCACGCAGGCUAAAUAGUUGACAACCUGGGAAAACAUGCACCCUUUGGAUACUACCUCACCUCCCCCAAACGGAGGCAAAGGAUAAAUAAUGCGGCAAUUUGGACAAAAUAUAGCCCACGAGCUUUCUACAUUGCUGUGUUUUAUAUCUCCUCAUGUAGAUAGAGCCAUCUUUUUAGUGCAAUUUCAUACGCACUCCCCGCUUUGGUUGUAGGGGUUGGACUUAUACAUACAAUAUAAAAUGAAGUUUCCCACUUGGCUUGAUGUUCGUCCUCUGCCGAUGAGUUGCAGUGGAAGAUCCCCGCUUAUUUCACGAAGUACAACGGGUCCCGUUCUAAUCACUUAAAUUUGAUACCGGUGAAAAGGAAGCCAA